CAUUUUUGGGCUUUCAGUAGCUAGCUAACUAGCAGAUUCGCUAGCAAUAAGGCAUAUCACAGACUUCAGGUGAAUGAAUUUAUUAAUUAGACCGUAGCUAACUGUUACGUCGAAUUAUAUCUUCGGUAAAAUGGCAUCCGGGAUGACGGGCCAAACCUCGUGCCUUAAUAGUAGAUGGGAUCAGGCCAGCCCCAGGGUGGAAAGGCUGUCGGGCUUCUUGGGCUCACAUUCUGGCCCUGUGCCUGUGGUGUCUCUGGCAGGCUACACAGGGGAUCUGGGCAGCGUAGCCACCGUAACCGCCAAUUCCUCAGUUCCUAGCAAUACGACGACCGUGACGUCGUCCGCCAUGCCUGUAGCUGGAGCUGCGCCCCCGUCUGAGGAUGCCUCUGCCCCACAGGGGGGCGUGGAGCUGGCUGCCGCCAUGGCUGCCAAAAUCAACGCCAUGCUGAUGGCCAAGGGCAAACUGAAGACCCCUCCACCCUUGCCUAAUAAGAUUGUGCACACUGUGACGGUUUCCAGCACGGCAGAUGAGCUGGUUGUCACUGAAGUGGACAUCAACGACGUGCCCAUAAACUGCAGGAACCUGCUCACGAAAGGGAAGACUCAGGAAGAGAUUCGCCGGUAUAGUGGGGCAGUCGUGUCAACAAAAGGGUUCUACAUGAGUGGCGCAGAGAAAACGCAGGCCAAAGGAGUAGACCGGCCUUUGUAUUUGCACGUUCAGGGAAAGAGUCAAGAGGAAGUUAACAAGGCGGUGUUGCGCAUUAAGGAGAUGAUCUCUGAGGACCUCCUGCGUUCUCAGCCGGGACAGCCGCGGCCCCCCAUCCCUACGCUGACCGUGUACCCCCAGCCUCCCAGAUCCUCGGCCCUGCCACAGGCCUCGUGCCCCCCUGCCCUGCCGCUCCGCCUGCCUCCCCCGGCUCCCUCCGCCCCUCCGAGCCAAAGACCGUCUGCUCCUUACGGCAGCCACUCAGGGAAUUUUGUGCACACAAAGAUAUUUGUUGGCCUGGAUCAGGCGUUGCCCUCAUUCAACGUCAAUGAGAAGGUGGAGGGCCCAGGGGGGAGCUACCUGCAGCACAUCCAGAGUGAGACGGGGGCACGGGUGUUCCUGCGGGGGAAAAGCUCCGGGUACAUAGAGCAGGCUUCCCGGCGAGAGUCCUUCGAGCCUCUUUACCUUUACAUCAGCCACCCAAACUCUACAGGACUGGAAGCUGCCAAGAAGCUCUGUGAGAGCCUGCUGGAAACUGUGCGAGCCGAGCAUACCCAGAUGGUGUCCGUCUACACGGCGACUGGCUCCACUCAAGCAUACCCAGCUCAUGGAUACCCAGCUAAUAGCAAUUACAGUAGCCCAGUGUCCUGGUAUAACUACCCAAAUGGGUACCCUGGCGGCUAUUCUGCAUACCCAGGAUCCAGUGGUUACUGGAGUAAUGCAAAUGGCCAUCCCAGUCUUUCUAACAUUUCGACAACCCCUCAAUCUUCUCAGGCUAUGGUUCAGUAUCCAGUGUGUCCUAGGAAACCACCUCCUUACCUGGCACAGGGAACUGGGACCAGUUACACCCCCACCAACGACUGCUCCUCGCCUAGCGCUUCCCCUCCUGGCAGUCCAAAGAGACGCUUUCUGGACUCUGAGGAGAGCCCUGAAGCUCCGGACUGUGAAUCAGUGCCCGCAUCGCCUGAGCCAUCCAUCUCACCCCCCCUCCCCUGCCCAGAGGACAGUACUGCAGAAAGGUGCCCCUCCUGUUUAUACCUGCUGCUCUUCCACGCACUCCCAGCAGAAGGAGUGAUGUUUGCUAGCAGCAUUGAUGCUGAUGCCCCCGCCUCCUGCCCCCUCAACCGCCGCCGUGCCACGCAAGAGGCCGAGGGAAGCGGUGGAAGCCACCAGCGAUUCCGAGGAUUCAGGUGUGGGUGACCCUCCAUCACCGAAGACCAAACCCCUGGGAGGGCUGUCAGGGUUGGUCCCUUACGGCGGGGACUCCUCCGAUGAAGAGGAGGACAGGACUCACGUCAGUAAGAAGGCUUCACUGUGAGCCACUCAGGCCAUCUGUAUUAAGGUGUAUGUAAGCAUCCCCUGCUGAGACCUCAGGCUUCGUUGUACAUUCUCGCAUUGGCCUGUCCCAUUGAAAUCAGGAUUUCUAAUAAUUAUUACUCCAAGUACUUCAGUUUUAUUUGAAUUUGUGUAUCAACCACCCCUAUUUUCAUCACUAGCUAUGGACCAGUCCACCUGACGGAUACAUGCUUACCUUCAUUGAAUCUUUUCUCAUAUUGGAAAUUGCUGUUAAACCUGUUCCCAUGGAAUACGUGUAAUAAAAUAUUUUAAUGAU